CCACCACACAGAGCAGUGGCUGUAACAAUGCCCUUGAAAGACACGUUACCCUCCUUUCUCCAACGUUGCACUUGUUUUUUAGUUCUGGAAUCAGCUAAACGAUGAUUUCCUGCAGGGGGUAUCAGUCUCUCAUAUUUUCUGCCUGCUUCUCUGACAGCCUUCAGGCCCCAGGUCAGUGAGUAGCAAGCCAGGCCUAGAGAGCUCUGGACCCACAGGAACAUCCCCUUCUUGGAAGGUGGGAAAGGCCAUGAUGUUUCACCUCUCUCCAGCAAGCUGGGACCUGCCCUGGAAGAAGAAACCAGACCAGACAUGAUUCAGCCAUCAGCCCUCAGUGACAGUCAACCUCCAGGGACACAGCAUCUUGGAGGCCACUCCUGGAGGGUGGAUAGCGGGCAAUUGGGACUUGGUGUGCACCUAUCGCUGUCUUCAAAAUUCCUUCUCUACUCCACCAACUGCUCUCCUCAUCCAGCCUUCUUCGUGGGCUGGAGGUGGUCAGGCUGGAGAGAGAUCCCUCACCCCUUCCACUGUGAGGACAUAGCAGGAAGGCAUCAUCUACAAGCCAGAAAGUGGGCCCUCAAUAGACACCGAAUCUGCCCGUGCAUUGAUCUAGGACUUCCCAGCCUCCAGAACGGUGUUGGCUACCUUUGUGGUUUUAAGAAAGCCUGAGGGCCUGAAGGCAGCCACGGGAGAAGCCCUUUCCGAGGGCAUUCGGAACCUUCCCAUCCUAGAGGUGAAGCUGAACUGUCACCAGGACUUAUGACCCGCGGCUUCGCUCCCAUUCUGCCCAUUGAGUUCCACAAGAUGGGCUCCUUCCGCAGGCCUAGACCGCGCUUCAUGAGCUCCCCCGUACUCAGUGACCUGCCCCGAUUCCAAGCAACUCGGCAGACUCUGCAGCUGAGCUCCAGCUCAGCCUGGAACAGCGUUCAGACUGCUGUGAUCAACGUUUUCAAAGGGGGUGGCUUGCAAAGCAACGAGCUCUAUGCCCUGAACGAAAACAUCAGGCGGCUGUUGAAGAGUGAACUUGGAUCAUUCAUUACAGACUAUUUUCAGAACCAGCUUCUUGCAAAAGGACUGUUCUUUGUGGAGGAGAAGAUCAAGCUGUGUGAAGGUGAAAAUCGCAUUGAGGUUCUGGCUGAAGUCUGGGACCACUUCUUCACUGAGACUCUCCCUACCCUGCAAGCAAUAUUUUAUCCAGUUCAGGGCCAGGAGCUGACUAUCCGCCAGAUCUCCCUGCUGGGCUUCCGAGACCUGGUCCUGCUGAAGGUGAAGCUGGGUGACUUGCUGCUGCUGGCCCAGUCCAAGCUGCCCUCGUCCAUUGUCCAGAUGUUGCUCAUCCUGCAGAGUGUUCACGAGCCCACAGGCCCAAGUGAGAGUUAUUUGCAACUGGAGGAGCUGGUGAAGCAAGUGGUUUCUCCUUUCCUCGGCAUCAGUGAUGACCGUAGCUUCUCAGGCUCUGCGUACAUGCUGGCCAGGCGGCACUCCAGGGUCCGGCCCAAGGUGACUGUCCUGAACUAUGCCUCCCCGGUAACUGCAGUCAGCCGGCCACUGAAUGAGAUGGCCUUGACCCCACUGACAGAGCAGGAGGGGGAAGCCUACCUGGAGAAGUGUGGCAGCGUGCGGCGGCACACGGUGGCCAAUGCCCACUCAGACAUCCAGCUGCUGGCCAUGGCCACCAUGAUGCACUCAGGCCUGGGGGAGGAUGCCAGCAGUGAGGACAAAUGCCUGCUCCUGCCACCCAGCUUCCCCUCACCUCACCGGCAGUGCUCCAGUGAGCCCAGCAUUACCGACAGCCCUGACGGACUGGAGGAGGGGGCCGGGGGCAGCCAGGAGGGCUCAGAGCUGAACUGUGCUUCCCUCAGCUGAGUUGCCACCCGAGGCCUUUCCACCUCUUGUUUUGCAAUCAGGAUGAGGACACCUCCAUCUUCAUGGAUUACCGAGGGGCUCUUGCUUUAUGCGAUGCUGCCUUAUUUCUUUUAGGAUACAUUCCUGGUCAAAAUGCCCUCAGGGGACACCAUUGUUGUCAGCCUCUUUAUUUUGGUGAUUGUGAACACUUCUUUGUGGUCAAUUGAAAGUGACUGACUGUCUAAUGGUCACUUUCUGACUCCAACCUUGCCAGCCUGACUCAGAUCCUCAUCUCUAGGCCUUUCCCUGGAAAAGACUGGACUGCCUAAUGCUCCCAGUGGCAUAUCCAGUGUCCUGUCAUUUCUGGAGCAGGAGGUUGUCGAGACCACACAUACAACAACCAAGGAUGUGUUGGCCUUUGGAGUUCCCCUUUAGGUUCCUUGUGAUGAGGAGAUUUAUGGAUGAAAAAUGAGUAGAGAGGAAAUUCCUUUCCCCCAUUUUGUGUAGAGUGAAAAUAGCCUGCAGCCCUUACCUAGCGUGGUCUGCGAAUGUGCCUUCCUUAUUUUAGUUUCAGAAUUGCUGGGAAAUAGUUACCCCUCUGGUGGGUGAGGAUCUAUCCUCACCUACAACCUGAUCCUAUGUGCUGCUUGCACAGAGGCCUUUGGCUUUUGACCAAGGAAGGCUGCGAGGCUGAAGCUGCCCUGUCUUUCAUUGAGCCUCAGCAUUUCCCUCUCAGGCUUCCUCUCAAGCUCAAGAAACUCACCCCCAGAUAAGUAGCUGGUACCUCUUGUCUCUCUCAUUUCAGAAACAGACUUUCUCACCAUGCUUUCCUAUGGUGGGUGUGAGGGGCCAACUGAUGCCAACCAACUAGCCUGUACCUGGAUUUGACUUGAAUUUUUAAAAUGUGUAUCGUUUCAAAAAAAAAGUUUGCAAAUUUUGCACGUAGGAUCUUGCACUGUUCAUUUCCAAUGGGGUGAGUCUUCACACUAAAAAAGCAAGCAGAGCUCCUGGGAAAGGAGACUGGAAGUGGUUCAGGAUAAGGAUCCAUGGGAGGCAGGUUUCUUAUGUCACAGAGCUCUGGAAGCAGCUGGACUUGAUUCUGCAAUGGCUUGUGAAAAUUUAUAAAUUUCAUGGUUUUUAGGAAAAGCUGCAUUGGGAUGGGGAGACCCAGUUUGCCUCAUGGGCAGAGGAUUUUUCCAGGAAGCAUGGAAAAUGGAAUGGAUUUUCCCAGGAAGCAUGGAGAGGGGAUAUGUGGGCAGGACCUUUUGGAGGGAUGGGAUGUUUAUUCCCUGUGGUCAAAGAAAGGCCUGGAAUUUCUGGCACGUGAAGCACUUGGGGGAAGCAGGCCCUGGCACUGUGCUGCAUCCUUCCACUGCUCCCUCCCGCUCUGGGAGUUUUUAUCCACCUUGCAUCCCUAUCCUCCUCUUUGUAGUUGUCCAUCUUACUGAUAACAGCUCCAGGAAAAAAGACAAGGCUCCCCCUCUGAACUUGCCUGCUGGUGUUUAUAAAAUCUCAAAGAGAUGAGCUACCUUGGCUUCCAAUAUGGCAAGAGGGUGCUGGGAGGAGGUGAAGAUCAGUCUAAGCUGCCACAGUGAUGAGAACUUCUAAGCUUACCUAACUCUUGAUGGCAUUUCCCUUCUGGGUGAAGAUUUGAAAUAUGAUUAGAAUUGUGCUCUUCGAAUUUAGAACUUGGAAUUUAGAUAUUUUAAGAGUUAUUUAAUUUUCAUCCUAUGAGCAAUGGGAGAGAAAUGUCCAAAGGCAAUCUGCUGAUCUGCUAAGAAUUUCAAACAAAAAAUAAUCUCUAUGUAUGUGUUGGAUAAAGUCUACAAAUUGGCUAACAUGCAUUAGCAAAUGGAACAUCAGUAGGUAGCAACAUGAUGAUUUAUGUAACUGAUGGCUUCUGUCCUGAUUAGUACACUUAACAUUUGAGACUAGUAUUUAUUGAUCCGGCAAAGUAAUUAAUCAUGCUUGGGUUUAUAAGGUUAAUCAUAGGUGUGUGUGUGUGUGUGUGUUUGUAUAAAUGCCUUUUCAGUUUAUAAGGUUAAUCAUAGGUGUGUGUGCGUGUGUGUGUGUGUGUGUGUGUGUGUAUAAAUGCCUUUUCCAUGUCUUAAAUGUCCCUGAUCAGGAGUCAUCAAUUAAAUAUAUAAGCUCUUAAAAUGAGAAUGGGACUAUCAGUAUAGACCCAGUGUACUUAAUUGCUGAUGAUGGUUAGCCAGUUUACAACUUUAUCAUUGAUACACACAUUUGACAUCUGUGCAGUAAAUAGACUGUACCUAUACAAAUUUUAUUGAUGUUUAUGGGCAUGUUAGCUAUCAGAGAGCUACUGGAAGAGUGACAGCCAAAGUGUUUUUAACCACUUUUUCUUUCCUAGAUUCAUUUUCAUUAUUUAUGCUAGGAUUUUCCUAUGGUUGGCGUUUAAUGACAGGAAGCAAUCGUGACUCUUAACUCCGAGUGAGCUCAUAGAAACCUUUCAUGUGGUCUGUUUCCAAAAUGGAUUCAAUAAACAUUUUGUCCAUGUUA